AUGGAUCCACUGACCAUCACUACCUCGAUCCUCACUGUGGGCGCAACCCUUCAACAAGUCAUCAACCUUCUGGGCAAUUUCACCAACGCUGGCACAAAGAUCGCCGAGAUACAAAGGGAGCUGAAUCUCACCGCUGGCGUGCUGAAUUACAUCCAGGAACAGGAAAACAACAACAACUCUCCCCCGACGUUAUCGAUCGACGACAAUGCAGGGCGGCCAAGCCGGAGGAGGUCUAACGCGGGCGUACACCUAUCAAAUAUUCUACGGGACAAUGUCUCCCAGUUACAACUCGACCUACAAUGUUUUGCUGGAGAGCUGUCCAAGCUGGCGAAACCAUGUUCGUCUGGGUCCAAAGUUGGAAGGGUUGUGGCCAAUGGAAAGGUGGCGUGGAAGUUGUCCUACCUCGAAAAGAUGCAACAUAGCAUCGUGAACAAGCGCAAGGAGCUGGAGUUCAUUCGGAACAGUCUGGUGGUUGACAGGAGAAACGACCGCGCACCCUCCGAGCGACGCAAAUCUGCAGAUCGAGUUGCCUCCGUUUUCUUUGCGCUGGCUCGCCAGUUCAACGACCACAUCUCCAACACCCGUUUGCCUCCACCUAGUCACGAUGCCCAAGAGGUAUUUGUCAAAGCAGUGAGAAGGAGGAAAUGGCGUGAGGUUGAAGGGCUGCUCGAACAAGUACACCCGGACUUCACGCUGGGGUCGAUGGAGGGCGAGCUGUUCCCCCUCCAUGUUGCUGCGAUGCUUGGAGAUUUGGUCAUGGCCGAACUUCUCAUGUCGUACGGUGCGACAGUGGAUUGUCGCUCACAGGACAAUAAAACACCACUCAUGGCGGCCAUCGAAUACGACAAAUCUGUAGUAGCCCUGGCCUUGGUACGUCGUGGAGCGGACGUAAAUGCAUCAGAUUCACGAGGACGGACCCCCCUGCACAUGGCGGCCAGGAAGAACUCCAAGGCUGUUGUUCAGACUCUGUUGAACAACGGCGCCGAUCCCAACGCAUAUGAUAUUGACGGCAAUACCCCUCUCAUGGAUGCUGUUUGUCGCGAGGACAGGGAGAUUCAACCAACCGACACAAGUGUACUCAGGGUUUUGCUUCAGCCAAACGGAAGUACUGUAGCAGCCGACCCAACUCUUGGAACCAAAAGCAAAGACUACACGCCGCUUCAUCAUGCAGCUGCUGAAGGAUGGCUAGAGGAUCUCCGAAUCAUUAUGAAGCUCUCCCACUCUCGACGAGCCCAGGAGUGCUUGGUGCUUGAUUCCAGGGGCCGCACGCCCCUUUGGUUUGCAGCGAAAAGCGGUUCUCUACAAGUCGUGGAAUUCCUUGUCCAAACUGGCGCUGAUUUUAAUCGGCAUUCCAGGGACAAUGAGAAGCCGACAGUACUUUGGGCUGCUGCCAACAACGCUGCGACAGCAGAGUACUUGUUACGCUCCGGGGCCGACCCAAAUCAACCCAACAACGAGGGCUACACGCUAUUACACCGUGCAUGUUGGUCGGGAAACACCGUCCUCGCUGAAUUGUUGCUACGACACAAGGCUGAUGCCACGGUCAGGGACAAGGACGGAAUGCAGCCCCUGCACUACGCUUCAAGGGAAGGGCACGAGGCACUGGUCGAAAUGCUGCUUCAAAGCAGUGGUAUUGAUAUCAACUGUGUUGACAACACCGGCACCACUCCCCUCAUGCUUGCUGCUGACCAGGGCCACGAUUUCAUCAUCAAACUCCUUAUCAGCUAUACCCCUGCUGCGGACUUUAAACACAAGGAUGUCUUUGGCUGUGACGCGUUCUACAUUGCUUGCGCCAGGGGUCAUAUCCUCUGUGCAGCAUAUCUUCUGGGAUGUGGCGCUAACAUCAAUACUCGGAAUGCAAAAGACAACACUCCACUUCAUGCUGCGGUCAAGGUUGGGAUGAAGGAUAUGGUGGGCUGGCUGCUGAGGAUGGGGGCUGAUAAAGGGGUGAUGUCGAAGCAGCCGUUUGAUGGAAUGGAUGUGAGAGGGACGCCGCUGGAGAUUGCGAAGUCAGAAGGGUUCGAGGAGAUUGUAGAGCUGUUGGAAAGUUGGAAAAUUGAUAGGGGGAGGAAGGAGAGGUAUACUGCUACCAGGGUGGCUUUAUGA